AUGUCAGCAGAGCAGUUAAAAGCGCAAUUCGAGGAAGCUUUACAGAAAUAUAAGGAAAUAGAAGCUGGUUUGUUUCCAGAAUUCGAUUUUUUGGACGAAGAUGCUAAGGUGUACAAACUUAUCGGUGCUUGCCUCAUUCGACAAGAUAUUGCUGAGGCUCGAACGAAUGUUGACAAGCGACUUGAAUAUAUUAAUGCUGAAAUGUAA